AUGCUGAAGAGUCAACAGGAACGGGAGUUAGAGAAAGUCAAUGCGUUUUACCUUCAGAAGGAAGCAGAGCUCAAGAUCCGCCUCAAGACUCUACUAGACAAGAAGAAGGUUCUUCAAUCUCGCAGUGGUAAUACAUCUAGGCGUUCCGCAAAAUUCACAACUCUCGAAGAAGGCUUCCAGCAAUUCGGCAACGAUCUCAACAAACUCCAGCAGUUCGUCGAAAUUAACGGAACAGCAUUCUCGAAAAUCUUGAAGAAAUGGGACAAAACAUCGAAGUCAAAGACUAAGGAGCUUUAUCUUUCCCGGGCCGUCGAGGUGCAACCGUUUUUCAAUGCAACAGUUAUCAGCGAGUUGUCAGACCAGGCAACUACCAGUUUGCAAGAACUUGGCGCUUGGUCUGAAGGCGACCACGUUAGCUUUGAUAGAAACGCGGAUCAUAUUGUGAGCAGCCAGCAUCUGCUGGGCACUGACGAGGGCGAUGCCGAUACCCUGCUGCUCGAAGCCGUCAUAUCGGGUAACCUUGAGCCCCUUAAAGAUCUCCUCUUGCGCCUAAAGACUGCUGCAGAUCCAAAUGGCUCUAGAGAUGUCGCAUUGCUGGAGCGGAUCACGAGGACUUUCCUUGCGGCAAUCAACGAAGGACCAGAACAAUCAUUGCAACUACUGUUAGACACUGGACUCGUCGACGUGCAGUCGGAGGACGACAUCAACGAGCGGAAUUGCCUCCACCAGGCCGCCAUUUACGGCAACUCAUUUGUCCUAGCAGUAGGACUUUCAAAAGGUGUUGCUGUUAGUCGAACAGACGUUUACGGACGAGUUCCGUUGCACUAUGCUUCGGACCAUUCCACCAUCGAUUUAAUAGACCACGAUAAUUUUACACCUCUGAUACACGCCAUCAUACACGGACAUUUAGAGUGUGCGGAAAGACUUCUUGCUCGUUCUGCUCGUAUUGACCCCAUCUCUGACGCUGACCAUGUGCCCUUGAACUUGGCGUGUGAGCAUGGCUCAAUAUCAAUCGUUGAACUACUCUUGAAACAUGGAGCAAAUAUACUACCUGACGCCGAAGGCCUGUAUCCACAGCACUUAGUCGCUCGCUCUGGGCAAACCCCUCAGCUGCUCCUUCUGCUGAAAGACUACGGCGCGGAUCUGGACCAGAUCGACAAGCUUUAUUCCUGGACCCCCCUCUUCCAUGCAGCAAGUGAAGGAAAUGUACCUUGCAUGCAGACCUUGUUGAAGGUUGGGGUCAAGACGGAUAUCUUAGAUGAGAAGGAGCUCUCUGCCAUGUACUAUGCAGCGUGGGAAGGCCAUUUAGAGUGUAUGAGACUCUUGUCAUCGAUAUCCAUGACUGCCGGCCUGCGACAGCCGAUUCAUGCUGGACAUCUUGGCGCUAUGUCUAGCAGUGCUCCAAUUCCAAUGAGCAUCGACGCCGAUACUAUCCCAGAGUUGGAGCUGCCACCCCCAAUUAUCCCCUUACGACGAUACGGCCAUAACUUCCUCGACACGAAGACUUUCGUACAAAUUAGCUUCGAGGAGGGCGGUGAACCACCGAUGGUCUUCUUCCACGACAGCAAAUAUCCCGCAGCUCGCCUUACAAUCUCUUCGAAACUUUCCGAUUUAAUACCCAAGAACAUUUUACUCCCCUUCCAGGAAGAUACCCGGCUUGUUUCUUUUCAGAUUGACAAUCUAGAUUCUUUUGCCAUUGAUUUUGAUGUCUUUCCUACAUAUGGUGCCAGGGUCAUUGCGAAGACUGUCGCAUUACCAAGCACGUUUCGCGCGUUGCUGAGCAGCUCAGGCCGCUGCUGUUUACCUCUCUUUGAUCCGAGACUAAGAGCAAUUGGACAAAUUACCUUCAAUUUUCAAGUGAUCAAACCAUUCCAGGGAAAGCCUUUGGAGAUCACGGAUUUCGAAACAUAUUGGAAGGCAACCAGCCAGUUCGAUCACAGACCGAGUGCAUUUAUCACUGGCUCAAGUUUGUCGGGAGAUUAUGUGCAGCUCUAUGUCCAACACACCUGUGAUGGCGUGCCUGUACUUUGGCCCAGAUGGACAAUGGAUUAUAUGGACAUUGAAUUUCCUGUCAGCCGCCUGACAUAUGUUCAGUUCAUAAGUGCUGGCUCCCGCCAUGCCAGCAAGGCGAGCUCGCUCGCAGACCUGCCAAGGCAACCAUUGGAGAAAAUUGCUGAGAUCCACCGGAUCCUUUCAAAUUCUGCUGUUUCGCUACAAGAUGCCCUCAAUCUUUUACCAAAAGGCAUGCAUGUCAAUCUUCAAAUUCUGUAUCCAUCAUCAGAAGAAGAGAAUACAUUGCGUCUUGGGCCAACGGUGAAUAUCAACGUAUUUGGGGAUGCCAUCCUUGGAGUUGUCUUCGACCACGCGAGGGCACUGAGAGAACGCUCCCCAGAUUCAAUGAGGUCUAUUGUCUUCAGCUCGUACAAUCCUACCGUUUGCACGGCCCUGAAUUGGAAGCAACCGAACUACCCCGUUUUCUUAUGCAACGACCUAGGUCGUGAGGGCGAGAUAGACAGCACCUUGUCAACUCAGAGCAGCGGACGGAGAACAACUUCGAUCAAGGAGGCUGUCAGGAUUGCUCAGAACAACAAUUUCAUGGGAUUGAUUUGUUGCUCACGACUUCUGGAUAUGAUACCGGCGCUUAUCGAGUCUAUCAAAGCACAGGGGCUCGUGCUUGUCACGGACAGAUCGGCAGAGCCACAGGUGGAUAGAGGAAUCUUAAGUGAUCCCUUCCCAAGACUACCAGAAGGCAUUGACGGCGUCUUGAAAGCAAACGGGGUCUUACGAUUCAACGAGAGCAUCGACAUGUGA